UUCAGGGUAACUCCCAGUCAAAGUGUGUGGGAACACAGAUGAGACAGCAUGGACCUGGUUAACUGGCUUGAUGUGGCUGUUUUGCUCUCACUCUGGCAGCGCACAGAAGGCAUGCGAGCCGCCAAGGAAUGGACAUAUGCAGGAGCUGCAGGUCAGUCAGAAUGGCCAGUUUUGUUCCCCGAGUGUGGCGGGUCCUCACAGUCCCCGAUCAAUGUGGACACUUCAAGAACUCAGUAUGACCCAUCCCUUCCUGAGUUACGGCCGCUGGGAUAUGAGCAGUAUGGUCACAAACCCUUCACAGUCUCCAACAAUGGCCAUACAGUGGAGAUCCCGUUGCCAAGUUGGAUGGGUUUGGCUGGUUUGCCAUGGCAGUUUAGCGCUGUUCAGCUCCACCUGCACUGGGGAAAUGGAGUGGGUGUCGCUACAGGAAGUGAGCAUAGCAUCGAUGACCAGAGUGCUUCUGCAGAGCUCCACGUAGUCCACUAUAAUUCCGAGUUGUAUUCUAAUAUUUCUGAAGCUAAAACCCAAGAAAAUGGCCUGGCUGUUCUCGCAGUGCUUAUAGAGACAGGUGAGGAGACCAGUCAGGCAUAUGCUAACAUCUUGAACUACCUGGGCCGCAUCAGGCACGCAGGUCAGAGCGUGCUCAUUCCAGCAUUUGACGUAGGGACCCUGCUCCCCGGAGACCUGAGCCAUUAUUUCCGCUACAGUGGCUCACUCACUACACCUCCCUGCCACCAGAGUGUGCUGUGGACUAUCUUCGUUGAGAAAGUCAAGAUUUCUCACUCCCAGUUGCUGAAGUUGGAGACAGUGCUGUACUCCAGCAGACCUGGCUCUGCCAACCCCAAGCCACUACAAGACAACUAUCGCACCACACAACCACUCAACAACCGGACAGUGCUCUCCUCCUUUAUCCCCGUUUCUGCAAAGAUCUACACAGCUGGUGAAAUCUCAGCCAUUGUAGUGGGCUGUCUGUGUGGCUGUGUAGGCCUGGCCGUGACAGUACACUUUAUCAUAAAGACAAUUCGCUCGAUGUCAAGCUGGGACGUCCUGUCGAGCGUACGAUCGCCUCCCCACCACAGAACUAAGGACACAGCAAGGGACAUGGCAUUACGGACGACCUCUGACCCUGGGAAAAAUGAAGAGCCCACCCUGCAGUCUAACCCUUGACCUUUUACUUUCCUCUGAACAUUCCCAGUCUGCCCCAUUUGACCAGACUCUAAAUAGACCUCAAUUGAAAAUGAUCUGCUGAAACACAAUAUUUGGUAAUAUUUGGCCCCUUGGCAAUGCUUGAGGACCUCGGCCUCUUUCUCAGGCACCGUAGAUCGCUGGGGUGUAAGUUGAAAGCUACCGAAGAGCUCUUUUUAACGGUUUAAAAAAUGGCACGUGUCGGCCGUUGCUGUUGGUCAUGUCACAAGUGAAGACAGUUUCCAUUUUGAUAGUGACACAAGCUCUCCACAUGUAUAUGUUACCAUGAUAUAGCUAACUUGAUUGAUUAUAUCGUGCAGUUAGCGUUUAGUAGCUAACGUCAGCGAAUAUUAGCUACACGAUAGCUAUAGAAGUGUUUCCCUCCAGUGUUUUUCCAGCUUUGCUCUAUUUCUGACCUUAAAAGAAAAUAGUUGGAACUCUGUCCAUCUGUGCUAUUGUACAUAAAACUCUUACAAUAUGUUUAAAAACAGUAGGUUAUUUUGGUUGUUUAUUUCAGCUGUAGACCUGACCGAUCUUUUCCCCUCACAUGGCGUAGGAGCCUGCCAUUGUGUGAAGGACGUACUAACUGCAAUGCACUGGGUGCAGAACUUUUAAAAAGGUAUUGUGUGGAGCUUUACUCAACUUACUGUACUGCAGAUGAGUGAGGAGAAUCAUCAGCACACGCUUAAGGACAUCCUGAAGGUCUUGAGAGUAUGAUUUGAUCAGGUCCGUUCAAAAGUUCAAAUAAUCAGUGAUGAUAAAUGUUUUCAGACAAUUUUAAAUCAGCAUUUAAACAUGAUUAUGUUGUAACAGUACAUGGAAUAUUUUAUUAAUCAGAAAAUAAUAAGAAACUAGGACAAAUCCUUGUGGGAAUUCACUGCGCACACAUUUCUCAUUCGCAGUUUGCAUCUUUUUCUUCCUAGCUCGCUAAUUUGUCAUCAUCAUGUCUUAAUGUGUAUCCACUAUCCAAGCUUUAUGAGUGGUCCAUUUUUCAAACUGCAGAAGUUAGAUCAAUACAGAACGUCGUACGCAAAGGCCUGUGUGCGCAAAUGUGCAAGUACUGAUGAGGCCAUCUGUGUUGCACCAACGUUCAAGGAUAUGUGUGUGUGUGUGUGUGUGUGUGUGUGUGUGUUAGUAUGGUAGGUUUUUAAAAGCAACGUGCAAGAAAUCAAUUGGUAUAUGUUAAGAACUCAAAAUGCGACCUAAUCAUGUAUGAGAUAUUAGAAAAGAAUCAGAAUAUUACUCAGAGAAACUAAAAUCAAAGUAGGUCAAGUUGGUGUGAUUAGCGUGUGAAAUUAACGUGUGAGUGCGCAUUCCUCCAUUGGAACGUGUAUUUUUUUUUCUACUUUAGGCUUGGUGUCAUUUCUCAGAGCAAUCUCACUCUCUGCACCUGCUUCGAGAUUUCGAGUCUGUACGCAAAUCAGUAAAAUAGAAACUUUCUUUUUUAAAAAAUAAAAUAAAAAAUUAAGCUAGCUGAACUUGCGCAUCGGUUAUGGAUACGAUAUGAAGAAAGAAAUAUAAUUGUGUCGAGACGACAGAAAUGUGAUUAAAGAAAGAAGGGGAAAUCCCACCUAAUGAGAUCAGUGUUUUAGUACUGUGUAAAAGCAUGAGCAUCGAUCGUAUUUGUCAAAUGAUCUUCAGACAUCUCGGCUUUUGGGAUCUUUCAAUAAAAGUCUCAAUUUUGACCGUGAAAUCCUUGACUCGGCGAGGUUUUAUUUUUUGCAAAGUUGAUUUUCCACGACAAGACCAAGGACCAUGUUGUGUAUUCGCCAAAAAAACUAUGCAGCACUUGUCUGAAAAUGUGACUGCUUUAGUCCGACAUAAAUCUUUUACGUGGACGUGCGUUCUUCUAGUGCUAAACAGUCCCUUUUAUUGUCUGUCUCUGAAUUCAACAAACAUACGGGCAUAUCACUCAAUGUUUGGACAAAGAAGGUCAUAUGAUCCGAUUGUAUGUUCCUAAAGUGCUUAUGAUAAGGAGAGGCAGACAUCUCUAGAGCAGCUAACUCUGUCAGGUAGCUUUCAAAGUUUUGACAAUAAGCUGUUUCUCUGUUAUCUGAACAGAAGUUAGGAAUCCUCAGGAAUCGUCAAGAAUCCUGAUGUGCUUUUGGACGGAUGAAUAUUUCCUCCCUCAUUUAUACAUUCUGAUGGGCUUUCGGAAAGCAGUGAUUGAAGCGAUUCUAAACUAUAGCCAAUGAAUAACAUUAUUGUCAUAUAUAAGAAAAAUAUGAUUAAACAUUAUUAUUUACAUGAUUAUUGUUGUUGUUGUUGUUAAAUUAAAAAAAAAAUCUUUGCUGGAUGUAUGAACAGUGAUUAGAGAAACAUUUAGCUAUAGGUUUUAAAAUAAUUGACUAAUACUGUCAAGUUUAAGAUCAUUAAACAGUCUUCAUAUUGGUGUUGGCAUAUAUACAUUUGUGUACUAUUAUUGAUCAUUUUAUCAUUGUUGAUCUGCUUGAUCUUUGCUGUUGUUGUUUUUUUUAAC